AUGCGUCGAUUCAUUUCUCGUAGAGGUCGCUGCAAUCAUAUUUAUUCCGAUUGUGGAACGAACUUUGUCGGAGCUUCUAGAGAACUGAUUAAUAUGCUAAAAUCCGCCGCUGAGCAAGAACAAAUUUCCUGGCACUUCAAUCCUCCAAGCGCGCCUCAUUUUGGUGGCCUGUGGGAAGCAAGAAUAAAGUCUGUAAAAACUCACAUUAAAAGGGUCAUUGGUGACCAAUUGCUCACGUAUGAGGAAUUUUAUACGCUACUGGUUCAAAUAGAAGCAGUGCUUAAUUCUCGUCCAUUGUGUCCACAAAGCUCUGAUCCUAAUGAUUUGUCAGUUCUUACUCCAGGACAUUUUUUAACCCUAGAGCCGUUAAACGCCCCUCCGAAAGAUGAUCUUUCCGGGAUAAAAUUAAAUCAUCUCUCUCGCUGGCAGUUGAUAUCACGCUUGCACCAAAGCUUUUGGAGCCGAUGGUCUAAAGAAUACCUUCAAACACUUUUACAAAGAGCUAAAUGGAAUGACUCUACUAUUCCAAUAGAAAUAAACUCGGUUGUUUUAAUAAAGGAUGAUAAUCUUAUUCCGCUCAAAUGGAGCAUUGGAAGAGUCUUAGAGAUUCACCCGGGCCAUGAUCGUGUUACACGCGUGGUUACUUUAAAAACAGCAAAAGGCAUUCUUAAAAGACCAGUGACAAAGAUAUGCCCACUGCCUUACUGCAAAUCUCAUAAUUAA